AACCUUUUGUGUCUCUUGUAAACAUGGCUGCUUCUCUGCGAGACGUAGUCAAGUGGUAUUUUGCAAUUCCACAAUUCCACUAAAUUCCGUACCACUGCGUUUGCUGAUAAGCUCCAAUAAAAAUGGCGUUUAGUAUAUCUGCUUGCAUGCCGACGGUUUUGAAAUUGGUUGACGAUGCGACAGCCUUGGAUUCGGGCAAUUGUUUCAAGGAGGCAUAUUGUCAGUAUCUUAGCUGCUGUGAAUUUAUUUCACAAAUUUUAAAAGAUGAUGCUUGGGAAAAGGAUAUUCAUGCUGUAUACAGCAGAGAUGUUGCGAAACUGCUCCGGCUGAUUCAACUUUGUCAAGAGAGGGCUCUCAGUAUUGUUUCCUCACAAGCUCCAAAGUCAUGCAGUCCCCCAGGAUCUCCUCAGCUUGAUGCUCAAAGAAAGGCCAACUCUGAAACUAGCUUGUCAUUACAACCACCCAAUUACACCAACCGCAAGUACUCAGAUCCCAUACCACCCAGAAGAGAGGGUGUGGCUGGUCCUGCCCGAACUGGGAUACACACCCGCAACAACUCAGCCGGGUCAAUUUCUUCCAAUGACUCACAAGCAGGAGUUAGACCAUUACAGUUCCCAUCACCACCUUCCUCUCCAGUCAUAUCUCGAAGGGCCAAUGCUGCCAUGUUGGAGAAACACAUGGUUAGAGAUAUGUACCCAGGGAGGGAGACUGGUUCAGGCUUGGCAGAGGGUUACCAUGGCAACCAGCUGUUUAUCCAGGCAUAUAGGACAAGGACAGAGCAGAUUGGGGGGUUGAAGAGAGGGCCAAAUAGGGACACCAUUUCCAAGAGUCUUAGUAUGAUGCGGAAAAUGGCAGAGAAUCAAGAGAUUGCCAGGGCAAGAGAGGAAGCCUUGAAAAAGAAGAAGCUGGAAAGACAGCAGAGGUUGCGGGCGGAAACUGACAGGCGUUUUGCAUUUUCAACUCUGGCAAGCAGAGAAGCCCAAGAACAGCGUGUCAUCUACACACAGAUUUUAGAAUUUGAACAAGAAACGAUCUGGCCAAAACAGCUCCGUCAAAAGCUGAAAAAUUCUCCAGAGGACUCGAACAUCAUUAAUAAGAUUAUGCAGCAAAUUUUCAGUUCCAAAGAACACCCUUUGACGCGCUACCUGCUGCAGUACCAAUACCUCAUAUACCAGAAACUUGGACCUCUUGUAAGGGACGACCGCUUCUCUUACCCUGCUAGUGUAACCACACGCCUGGCUGAUACAUCUGGGAGGGGUCAAGGAGAUGACACAGAUGGCCUAGCGGAUACACCCGGUACAGGGCAAAGCGGUGAUACAGAUGGCCUAGCGGAUACACCCGGUACAGGGCAAAGCGGUGAUACAGAUGGCCUAGCGGAUACACCCGGUAUAGGGCAAAGCGGUGAUACAGAUGGCCUAGCGGAUACACCCUGUACAGGGCAAAGCGGUGAUACAGAUGGCCUAGCGGAUACACCCUGUACAGGGCAAAGCGGUGAUACAGAUGGCCUAGCGGAUACACCCGGUACAGGGCAAAGCGGUGAUACAGAUGGCCUAGCGGAUACACCCGGUACAGGGCAAAGCGGUGAUACAGAUGGCCUAGCGGAUACACCCGGUACAGGGCAAAGCAAUGAUACAGAUGACCUAGUUGAUACAUCCGGUACAGGGCAAAGUGAUGAUACAGAUGGCCUAGUUGAUACAUCCGGUACAGGGCAAAGUGAUGAUACAGAUGGCCCAGUUGAUACAUCCGGUACAGGGCAAAGUGAUGAUUCAGAUGGCCCAGUUGAUACAUCCGGUACAGAGCAAAGUGAUGAUACAGAAUGCCCAGUUGAUACACCCGAUACAGGGCAAGAAAGCGACACAGAACUCCAAGCUGAUACAACCGGUAUAAAGCAGAGUAUGAAUAGAUCACUACAGAAUGUAAGAACACAGGAGGGGUCUCAUGACAUUGACAAAAAAUCGGAGUCUGAUGAGAGCUCAGGCAUUGUUGAUAAAGCAGAUAAGAAUGUCAUGUCAUUCUCGUCGCUUGAAGGUAAAGAAGAGCUGGAUGAGGAAUGUGGUGUUGAGUGGAAACAUCAACAUUGUCAGGUGAUAAAUAGCACUAACAAUCGCAUUGUAAAUGAUGGUGAGGAUGUGGGUUUUGUGGAAGGAGAUCAGGGUGGGACAUGCCAAGGAGGAGAGAAACGAUUUCAUCUCAUUGGUGGCGGAGAUGUGCUAGAAGAGAAAGAAGUAAAUGGAGAAGUUGAUCAUAAAAACUACUUCCUUCCAGAAGGUGCUGAGUUGGAAUCCAUUUCAAGUGGCAAUGAGCAUAAAGCAACUAAUCAUCAUGAUGAUAACGACAGGAAUAAGGUAGAAAAAUUGGUGGAGGAACCAGAAUCAGACCAGGACAAAUUGGACCGACUUGAAAGUUUUACAGUAGAAACUGAAUCAAAUCAUGAUAAAGAAUUGAUGGAGAAACCGGGGUCAGACAAGCUCAACCGGAAGACGAGAGGACAAUUAGACAGUUGUAAGAACUCUCAAGAUGAAACUGAAUUAUUUGAGGAUAUUGGUAUGGUGGAGAAACCGGGCUUAAAAAAAUCCACACCGGAUGACGAGAGUGCUAUUUUGGACGGUUGUGAAAACUUUGCAGAGGAAGUUGUAUUUAAUGAACAUAAGGAAUCGUUGGAUAAAUCGAGAUUGAAUGAAUAUAAUCAGGAUGACGAGAGUGGUGACUUGAAAAAAUCUGAAGACUUUUCAGAUAGGCUACCCUUUAAUAAAAGUACCCAUGCAGCGAAUGUGGACGAUACUUCAGACCGUGGGGCUCAUAACCCGCAACUUGAAGAUCCCGAAGAUGCUGAAGAAAAACGUGGUAAAGCUGUAAAAACGACGGAUGCCAGGUUAACAAAAAUUAAUAGUCUUGACUUGGAUUCGGACUUCCUGGAGCUUGAAGAGGAAAUGCUGAAAUGGGAAAGCAGUGACGAUGAAGACCAUGAUGAUGGUAAUAUUCCAGCUGUUUUUGGUGAUGGUGAUGGCAGGGAAGGUGAAGAACAGUCAUCAAAGAAAUGCGCUACAGGUAUUAGCAAUAGCGAGUCGACGGCUGAAGAUCCUAAGGUUGGUCCAGAUUCAACUUCGAGUGAACACAGAGGUAGGGUAUGUGAUAGCGGUUACUGUGCUGAUUCGAAGGGAUUAAGAUCCAUAGAGUCUAAAAGAAUUGAGAAGGAGAAUGAUGGAAACCACAAGGAGGAGCUGACGCAAGAAGUAAGCCUCGAAGAAACAAGAAAACAGCUGAAAGAUAUCUUUGUGGAUAUUCGCUUCUUUUUAGAAAAGCUGCAAAAGCUACUGAUACUAGCCUAUGAGGAGCUGGAUACGCCUACUGGGCAUGAUCAAUGCUACGCCAGCGUGGAGCACCCCUUUUUCCGGCCUCUGUGGCCACUGCUCCUUGCUGUCUUAAGGCGAGUAAAUUACGAGAAGGAAGAGACGCUUGGUUACGUCAUGACUAAACACAUUCGAGAUACUCCCGCAGGAAUGAGUGUCACAGAACGCCUCUGCAUGCAAGAUGAGACCGCGCUGGAAGCCACAGGAAACCACUACCCUUAUCAGCUUGCGGUGGAUGAGCUUCACAAGGUGGUCACGUAUGUCUGCCCAUUGGAGAAACUCGAGUGCUUAGUUCGCACGUCUAGAAAUAUCUGUCAGUGUGUUGAGGACUACUGGGAGUGCAAAGGCAAGCCAAGGCACUGCUCUGAGACAUCCAUAGGAUGCGAUGACCUCCUCCCAGUCCUAGGCUACGUGAUCGUUCGUAGUGGAAUGGCACAGCUGAUAUCUGAGUGUCACGCAAUGGAAGAGUUUAUACCGGAAGGGUAUCUGAUGGGUGAAGAGGGAUAUUGCCUCACAACUCUGCAAACAGCACUUGCCUAUCUCAUAACCAUGGACACGUCUGUGCAAAGAACAUAGGAAGGAUAGUGGCGCUACAGCUCACGCAAGGCUUGUCACGUCUGCGCGACGCUUUAUUUUUUUUUUGCACAAAGGAGCAAAUAAAUAAGAACACAUUCACCCAGAUAACUUUGCCUAGGAUUGAGAAUUCAUUAAUUAAAGCAGCGUUGCUAGCACAUAGUCUACUAUAUUCCUUUCUUGUUUUUUUUUUUCGUUGAUCCGAAAUAUAAGAACUCAAUAAGCUUGAAUCCCAAAAAUGCACCCAACGGGUGCUUUUAUGUGCGUUUUUUUUGUAUUUUAACAAAACAAUACGUUAUGGUAGCUUAUGCAGUUUCACAUGAGAUCGAAUUAUGACGUCACACGUAGGCGUGAUUGUGUGACCAAAUUAUAAUGUAUUGUUACUAAGUGAUAACUUAGAAUAAGAUAUUUUUUUAUCAUCAAGAGGGGAUAUGUAAUGACGGCAUUCAUAAUAAUAAAAAAUUACUACAAUUCAGGAA